AUGGAAUGUUACUUAGUAUCUGUAGUACCGUAUAUCUGGUCCAUAUUGAUAGGUGAUCAUAUUGUUUUAAUAUUAUAUAAUAUGGAGUUACACCGGCAAUACGCCAAGUGGUUCAAAAACUGUAAUUACGUUCUGAUGAUCAAGGGUCAACCACCAGCGAGUAUUGAGAAACCAGAAAAUAAACCCGAUAAGAAACCACAGACAGAAGUUGAGUCGGUCAACAAUAGUGCGAAUGACUACCUUCUGUGCAAGAUUUGCUAUAACUAUAAAUUGGGAUGGUGUUCCAGCCUUGCUUACACAUUGUGGCUUGUACUAGGUGUGCGGUAUAUAAGUAUGACUUCUUGCCCGGUGUGUAGAGAGCCCAUCAAAUUGGUAGCACUAUUCAUUAUAUCCUAA